AUGACAUCUCCUCGGCUAAGUUUUAGAUAUAGUUUAACAUCACCACUUACUACUACUCCUAAUGAUGUUCCAUUAGUGGUAUUUUUAACUAAUAAAAAUGAUAUGAAUGAAGCAAUGAAAAAAUUACCACCAUCAUCAAUGUUAUUUUGGGUACUUCAUCCAACAUUAAAUGAACCGUCAAAGUUUGUUAUUUAA